AUGACUUCACACUCGGUUAUCGAGAAGGAGCUGGUGCUCGACGGGGUAGUGACUUACGCCCUUGGAAGCGACAACUCUGGCCGAGUAAUUAUGGACGCAAGAUGGGUAUCGAGCCGGACUGUCAGCACCAACCAAACCGGCACAGGCCGUGCUAUUCGCAAGGGUUCGGACCAUGAUAAUGAUGGCGCCGCGAAAGAACACACGCCUAGUUUCGAGGGAGAUUGGCACAUUGAGUAUUUCGGGCCGGAAGGCCAGCUUGCCGUUACUCCGUUUUUGCUGAGACUCAAGAAAAAUAAUCAGAUCUAUCACGGCACUUGGAGUCUUCCUAAUGGCGAUCCAGUAUUAUAUGGUUUCGGGUUUGAAAAUGGCGGGAAUUUGGUCAUGUGA